AUGGCGACGAGGGCUCCCGCCUCGGGGCUCCUCCUGCUGCUCAUGUGUAGCCACGCCCUGACCGCUCCAGGGUUCGGUGGCCCCCAGCAGCCGGCUCGCGCGCCCAUCGUCCCGGGAAAGCCCUUCUUGGUGGUGUGGGGGAUCCCCGAUUCGGCGUGCACGGGGCGUCCAGACCCCUCCGCCUUUGGGAUGGAGAGAGAGCGCCAGGUGGCCGUCUUCUACGAGGACUCGCUGGGGCUCUACCCCUACUACAGCGCGCAGAACCAGCCCGUGUCGGGGGGGCUCCCGCAGCACACCAGCCUGGAUGUCCACCUGCGGAGGGUGGAGGCGGACCUGACCACGGCGCUGCCCUCCAGGGACUUUGGCGGCCUGGCCGUGCUGCGCUGGGAUGAGUGGGCACCCCAGUGGGGGCGGAACCGCGCUAAGCAGGAGAUCUACCAGGAGCAAUCCCGGGCGCUGCUGCGGGGCUUCUUCCCCGACUGGGAUCACGCCGAGGUGGAGCGGUGGGCACAGGUUGAUUUCGAGGCUGCGGCCCAGGCAAUCCUGAUGGAGACACUGCGGGAGGUGAAAAGGCUACGCCCCAAGGCAUUGUGGGGCGUGGCCCCGUAUCCAGACUGUUACAAUUCGGGACCCUCCCAGCGUUGGGCAAAUUUCACAGGUUGCUGCCCCGCUGCGGAGAUGGCCCUGAACGAUGAGCUGGUGUGGCUCUGGAAGCGCUCCUCCGCCCUCUACCCCACCCUCCAGCUGGACAAGCUAGUGGGCGGCACCCCGGGGGCGCGGCUUUACGCCUCCAAUCAGGUGCGCGAGGCGCUUCGAGCGGCGGCGAUGGCCAGCUCCGCCUACGACCUUCCGGUGUUCCCAUUGGUCAAGAGCGCGUACGCAUCCACCAAUACGUUGCUGUCCGAGACCGACCUGGUGAACACGGUUGGGGAGAGCGCUGCUAUGGGAGCUGCUGGUGCCAUCAUCUGGGACAAGUCCCUCCCACCCAGAACUCAGAGAGGAUGCUGGGAGCUGGCAGACUUCAUGCGGGAGGUCCUGGGCCCGUACGUGGUCAACGUGACCUCGGCCAGCCGCCUCUGCGGCAUGGCCCUCUGCAAGGGCCGAGGUCGCUGCGUCCGCAAGAACCCAGAAGGCCCCGCCUACCUGCACCUGCCACCAGCCAGCUUCCUGCUGCUGCCUGGCGAGGGCGGGGGUGUUCAGGCGGAGGGCAACCUAGCUCCCGGCGACCUGGAGGCGUGGCGAAGGGACUUCCGGUGCCAGUGGUACGAGGCCCUGGAGGACGCGGCCGCUGACGAGCAAUCCCCGCUGGGAGGGGUCGAGGAGCAAGACUGGGAGCCGCCCACAUCGACCGAGCAGACCGUGGAGACCGGAUACACCGCGGGCACUGCGGGGACCGAGAUGAUGGAAACCACGGGGACCCCCCGGGACGCAUCCCAAGGAGUCCCCUUGAACAAGAGCGGCCCACCUCUCUCCUGCCGCCUCAUUGCCCUGCUGCUGCUGCUGUCCACCAAGCUCUUGCUCACCUGUUGA